CUGGUUGGGGGGACCCGUAUCCGUCAAUGUCUAGCUAAUGGAAGCCAUACCUCUGGUUGCAUUCAGCGCUUCCUGCUGGGUGGGCAGUUUUUACACUUGGGGUGUCCCUCCGUCUGCCUUCCGGGACAUGGGUUGGCAGAGUGACGUGGCUUGAGAGCCCCCUCCUUAACGCUGCCCAAAUAAGUUUUUGCCUGUGCGGUGGGCUUAGGCUAAAAAUAUUCCUGAGGCGCCGGAGAGCUGUAUCAGGUUCUAGCUGAGUUAGCUGCGGAAAGAGCCUCCGGCAGGCGCUUUAUGGUGGCAUUUUGGGGGCAGAACUGGGGGAUUCGAGUGCCCGUAUCUUUGCCAUGGUUCUGGAUGAACCCGCGAUGAUGGGAGAACCGAACGCCGAAGUGAACAAGAUGGCUGAAGAGACAGAGGGGAGGCAACCAUCAGCCAAUAAGAACGGGAAGAAAGCAGAAGGGGGUUCUGGGAGCACCUUCUUCACCUGGUUCAUGGUGCUGGCCCUCCUGGGAGUCUGGACCUCCGUGGCAGUGGUCUGGUUUGAGCUGGUGGACUAUGAUGACGUGCUUGCCCGAGCAAAGGAGUUCCGCUAUAACAUUUCAGAGGUGUUGCAAGGGAAACUGGGAGCCUACGACGCGGACGGGGAUGGCGAUUUCGACGUGGAGGACGCCAGAGUUCUUCUUGGGCUGACGGAGAAACCUGCGGCAACGGUGAGCGGAGGUUCAGAGGACGCUCAGGAACCUCCACAACCAGCUUCUGCACCCUCAGUGGAAAGUGAGCCUGAAUUGGAGGCGCACUCAGCCCGGCACGGUGCUCAGGAAGCUGACAGAGCUCCUCCAGCUAAGCCCUUUGGGGAAAAGGGCUGUGAUAUGGGGCGUGUGGAAGAGGUUGUGGCUGAGGAGGAGGAGGAGGAGGAGGAGGAGGAGAUAGCUGAAGAGGAGGAGGCAGAGGUGGUUGAAGAGGAACCAGAGCUGCAAGUGGAGGAAGAGGAAGAGCUGGAGGAGGAAGAGGAGGAGGCAGAGGCCGCCCCAUUUGAGGAAGAGGAGGAGGAAGAGGCUGCUCCUUUGGAGGAGGUGAUGGCAGUAACAACUCCUGUUGAAGAGGCUUUUAAAGCUGAGGUGGAAACUGGAGUGAAGUCUGAGGAACCUCGGGAAGCUGAAGAUUACCAGGCCGUACCUGUCAUCGAAGAAGAAGCAGAGGUCUCUGAGGCUGUGAAUGACUACCUGUUUGAAGGGGAACACCUUCCAAGAGAGGAAGAACCAGACAUCCAAGAUGCUUUUGAUGACUCCGAAGACGUCAGUGACGUCUAUGGAUCUCAGAACAUGGAUGUGGAAUCUGAAAUCCAAGCAGCAGUACCCCUUCCAGAGGUGCAGGAGGACGUACCAGACUCAGAGCGCCACGUAGAAGAUACAAUCGACACGAAGGGGGAACUCGUUGAGGAUUUGCACCCUGAGGAGACAGUGGCACAUUCGGUGGAUAGUGACGUGUCUUUGGACGGCAGUCAGGCAGAUGAAGCAGAACUCGUUGAGGAUUUGCAGCCUGAGGAGACAGUGGCACAUUCGGUGGAUAGUGACGUGUUUUUGGACGGCAGUCAGACAGAUGAAGCAGGUGAGCCUGCUGCAGAGGUAUCACACGAACAACUAACAGAGGUGGAAGCCAGUCUAUUAGAAGACCAGCCUCAGGCAGAGUCCUCAGACGAGCCAGUCCUUAGGGAGGAUCCACAUCAAGAAGGGCCCACAGAGACUGCUGAGGCCCAGCAGGAAGAGAAACCCAAAGUCCAAGCCAAGAAGAAGAAGCCCAAGCUGCUGAAUAAAUUCGACAAAACCAUCAAAGCAGAGAUCGACGCCGCCGAGAGUCUGCGAAAAAAGGGAAGAGUUGAAGAGGCUGUCCGAGCUUUUGAAGCUCUCGUUCAGAGACACCCUCAGAGUCCCCGAUCACGCUACGGAAAAGCCCAGUCCGAGGAUGAUCUGGCGGAGAAGAUGCGGAGUAACGAGGUCCUCCAGAGGGCCGUCGUCACCUACGGGGAAGUAGCUGAUCUGCCAGACGUCCCAGCUGACCUGGUCAGGGUGACGCUGAAAAGGAGGGCGGAGAGGCAGCAGUUCCUGGGCCGCAUGCGAGGCGCCCUGCUGACCCUGGAGAAGCUGGUGCAGAUAUUCUCAGAGGACAUCUCCCUGAAGAACGACCUGGGCGUGGGAUACCUGCUGAUGGGGGACAAUGAGAGUGCCAAGAAGGUCUACGAGCAGGUCUUGGCCGCAGCUCCCGACGAUGGUUUUGCCAAAGUGCAUUACGGCUUCAUCCUGAAGUCAGAGAACAAGAUCGCGGAGAGCAUCCCCUUCCUGAGGGAGGGUCUGGAGUCGGGGGCCCCCGGUACCGACGAUGGCCGUUUCUACUUCCACCUGGGCGAUGCCCUGCAACGCGUCGGGGAUGACAGCGCAUAUAAGUGGUACGAAUUGGGUCACCAACGGGGCCACUUCGCCUCCGUGUGGCAGCGGUCACUCUACAACGUGAACGGCCUGCGGGCACAGCCCUGGUGGACCGCCAAGGAGACCGGCUACACCCAUCUGGUCAAGACCCUGGAGCGGAAUUGGAAGACGAUCCGGGACGAGGCGCUCUCCGUGGUGGAUGCCGCUAGUGGGCUUUUCCUUCCCGAAGACGAGAACCUCCGGGAGACCGGCGAGUGGGGACAGUUCACAUUGUGGCAGCAGGGUCGGAAGGUGGAGAAGUCUUGCCAAAGUGUCCCCAAGACCUGUGCCUUGAUGGAGCGCUUCCCAGAGUCCACUGGCUGCAAACGGGGCCAGGUCAAGUACUCCGUGAUGCAGCCGGGCACUCACGUCUGGCCCCACACGGGGCCCACCAACUGCCGGCUGCGGAUGCACCUGGGGCUGGUCAUCCCUGCCCGCGGCUGCCGGAUCAGAUGCACCAACGAGACCAGGACCUGGGAGGAGGGCAGGGUCCUCAUCUUUGACGACUCCUUCGAGCAUGAAGUGUGGCAGGAGGCGGACAGCUACCGGCUGAUCUUCAUCGUAGACGUGUGGCACCCAGAGCUGACCCAGUAUCAAAGGCAGACGCUCUCACCGAUAUAACACCGACUUCGGGCCUACCACUGACUGCAGACCACUGGCUACUGUUUUGCAUAUUUAGCUAGGAAUAUCUCUUACCCCAGCAGAGAAAAUCAAAGGUACCACAAUCUUACAACCUUCCUAUGGCGGAAGCCCGAGGUACAGGAGAAAACUGGCCGACCACGUUGACAAUUGGACGCUUCGCUGAUUUUAUUAUUUUUUGUGUCACUUUAGAAGCAGGUCAAUAUGUCUGAAAAGGAAAUGAGCACAAUGGAGACAUCCUGCUGAAAUAAAACCUGGCCAGAGAGUUUAUACUGUGGGAGCAGCACCAGCUUUCAGCAUAGGAGGAUUCCGUCGUGGUUUUGUUUUGACUCUUAGCUGGGAAUCCUGUCCGAUCUGUAGCCCUAGGAAUGGGCACUUGGAGAGUCUGCAAGGUGACUUUUUGCAGACGCCUCAUUCCUGUCACCGAACCUCCCGCCGACUACAGAUACAGCUCAUCGGAACACGCUGCAAGCGAUCCAAAGCUCCAGAGAGAUCCGAAAGUCUGCACACGUUUUCGUCCCUAUGCGGUUUCUUUCACUCUGGUUGACAUGCACCCGACUGUUCAGAUUUUAGGCAUCGUUUGUUCGGCAACACAUUUUUGCCUGAACAAAGGAAUCGCGACACGUCGCAGUCCCUUUAUAGAAAUCUGCUCUUUGAGUAAACGAGAUUCAUCUCCACCAGAAAGUCGGUAAUAAUGCCAUUAAGACCUUAAUAGCUCAUCGUGCUGCUUGUUAUAAAGGCUUCUUGCUGGGUUUGUUCUAAUGGAGAAAAAGGUCCUCAGUUUAUCAUUAUCAUUUAGCAGAGUAAUUUUUCUUUCAUAACAGUUUGUUGUAUUAUGCUCCUUCUGCUGUAUUGUCUUGUCAAACAACACUACUUAAAAUUUUGUGGAUGUCAGAUAAUGUUGUAUUUUAUUUAUCACAUGACAGCUCCUCAAACAAUCCAUCGCAGCCCCUCAUAACAUAUUCCUCUCCUGACAUCUGCUCAUUACCGAAACAGGUGUAGCACAUUAACCAAAACCAGAUUGUUACCAUUUUUAGUCCAUUGUCACAAAAACCCGGGAAACGGAGAUGGUGGAAUAGCUGCCAUCCCUUUAAUGUGAAAAAUGCCAAAAAUGAUUGUGUAUGAAAAUAAAGGAUGCAUUUUUUUUUAAA